AUGGGACGCGUGGGUUGGGAUUCCCGGCCCGGGCACGGCGCGCUGCCGGGGGGGCCGGGGCUGCCUCCCCCGCGGGGGCCGGGGCUGGGCCGGCGGCGGUGCCGUGUCCCGUCCCCUCCCACCGUGGAGCCAAGUUCAAACCGCGGGGCCCGGCGCAGCGGGACGGGGCCGGACCGGGCUCCCGGCACCGCCGGCACCGCCGCAGGGGCCGCGCCCGCGGGGCUCCAUGCCCUUCCCUGGCAGAUUUUCCCCCGGGUGCUCUCCUGUGCUGUUCUGCUGCUCCUGCUGGUGGCCGUGCUGAGCAGAGGCAGGAGGUGCAGCAUCGCCAGAAUCCUGCGGCAGUACCGCGCCGUCAUCUUCCAUGAGAUCCACAACCUGAGAAACCUGACUGGGUCGGUGUACAGGAGUGGGAGGGCUGGGCCCGCUUGUCGUUCAGACAAGGACCACAAGAUCCUGCUGUCCAUCUACAACAUCAGCAUGUCCCUGCGGGAGGUGGGGGCCGGCAGCCUGCAGGGCCCUGAGGAGCUGGCGGUCUGGAGGGUGGCCAGGAACACCAACUUCGUGCUCCGGGAGAACUGCAGGAAAAUCAGCAAGAGCCCCCCGCGCAGCAUCCCCGCCCCGCCGCGCCCGCGGGCCCCCGGCCGCAGGAGGAAGCAGCUGCGGGAGCUCGGCAGGAGGGCGGAGAGGCUGGCGACCUGCUGGGAGAAGCUCAAUGCCCUGCACGCGCCCCGCCAGGCGCCCUGGGACUCGUAGGGACCCCGGCACCACCCGCCGGGGGAUGAGCUGCUCCGGCACCGGGGCUGCCAGCGGCUUCUCUGGGAGCCUGGGACAAACUCAGCCUCGAGGGCAGAGGGGCUGCUGCCAGCUGAUGCCCGAGCUGAAUUCAUCCUCCUGCUGCAAGCGGUGCCCAGCGGAUCCACCGCCCGUGGCUGGGGCUGGCAGGUUGUUUGCUGUGGGAUGGCUGUGGCAGAAGCCUGGAGCACCAGAAACACUGGGAAGAAGAAGGGGAAAAAAGCCAAAAAUAAGUGAGGUGUGGGUUCUUAGUUGAUCCUAGCCCUGCAGCACCUGCUUCUCUCUUGAGGACAAUGAGUGUGUUUUGGGGCAGAAAGAGGACAUGUGGGCUCUGGGGGCUCUGCUGGAAGCGAGGCCACAGUGCAUCU